CACAGAAAGCGGGUGGGGAGAGAAGAGUUCAAUACGUGGUGACGUUAAACGACCCCUGUCAGCUGACCCUGGCGACCAAUCAGGAUGCGCAGCGGAGAAUUUCGAACGAGCGAGAAGCCCAGUGGGCGUGAGGGGGAGAAAACCAAUAGCGGGGGAAACCAACACAUAGCCAACGGCUUCAGAAAGUUGGUAUUGUCGCGCUUUCUCUCUCGCGGCGAUCUACCUGAAGUGAGAGAGAAGCUUGUGGAGGAAAAGAACGAGUGGCCAUCGCGCGCACUCAACGGUCGCCUGGUCAGGAUUAAUAUGACUAGAGAGAGAUGCUUGAAAAAAUCUUUCAAGGACAGCCUGGAAGAUAUAAAAGAACGAAUGAAAGAAAAAAGAAAUCAAAAAUGGGCAAAGUUGGGUAAAACAAGCCAAAUCUUAUCUGUCAAGCGUAAAAAUGCAGACAACACUUCUACACAUUUGAAAAGCCUCCAGGCAAACAAUCAAGCAUUAGCUCUGGCUUUAGAAGAAGAGAGGAGCAAAAUGAGAGAAGCACAAGAUAUCAUCCUGCAGUUGAAGAAGGAAUAUCAGUGUGUGAAGUUUCAGAUGUUCGUCUUGCAAAGAAAACUUGAGCUACAACAAGGAAAAGAACAUACUGAGAUUAAGCGAGUGGCUUUGAAGAAGAUUAUUUCUAAAGUUGUUCAAAACUUACUUGAUGCAACACAUCUUCUUGAUCCAGCACAGAAUUUAUGUACCACAGAUCUUAACCCAGUUCUCUGUACCUCACUGCAUGAAGGCUGUGAUUCCAGUGUAAGAACUGAAGAUUUGUUGCUACUUCCGAAGAAUAUCCUUGCUGGAGAUGUAAGUAAACAAGAUAAAACAUUUAGAACAGAAAUGGAGAAUAACAUGAAAAAUAAUUCUUCAGUUUUUGUACCUGAUUCCUCACACGGUGUUGAAAAUACAUCUCCAGGUGUAACAUCACAGACAGAUAAAGGUUUACAAAGUAGUUCUUAUGAGGAGCAUCUAGCAUAUGAGAACAGAAAUAUUUCUUCAAGUGAACAGGAUAAGCAAGCUGUAAAGUUCUUACCCAAAAGUGUAUCUAUCCGACGUUGCAAGACCAAAACUCAGAAUGAACUUAUGCCUUAUGGUUCAGAAAUAACUAAGCAGAUGGAAGAAUAUUGUCCUCAAGACAGAACCAGCCCUGAGAGAGGCUUAGAAAGAGGUAAUGAACAACCUGAAGAAAUGUAUCUUGAUGAAGACAACACACAUGAAGUAAACACAGAUCAAACUUUUGGACAGUCUAAUACAGUGACUGAAUCAAGUACCUCACUGGUAGACCCAAAACAAACUGAUUUUUCUAGCACUUCAGGUUCCCAACCACAGAAAGAAAGAAGUCAGAAGAGAAAACCGGAAGCAAUGAAAAAUCCCUCCAGAACAAGAUCCAAAAGGAAGAGAAACCAGAGCAAGCAACCCUGUUCAAACAAAGAAGAUACAGCAAUUGGAUCCAGCGAUGCUUAUGAUUUUAACUUUGAGGAGAGUGUCCAUAUUACACCUUUCCGACAGAACAGAGAAAAUGAAAAUAACAUGGAUGGAAAAACGCAUGUAGAAGAAAUACAAACAUGUAGUAGUGACUCAUUCAGUUCAGUAGAAGACUCUGAAGACAGUCUUUAUAUGCCUUAUACAAAAAAAUCGAAAUGCAGAAAGAGCUUAGUCUGUAAAACUGAUGUAAGCUCAGUACACACAAGACCACAAUUGAAAAAAGCUGCAUUUGAAGAAUCUAAGAAAGACAUGGAGGAGAGAAGUAGGAAUACCAGAACUAAAAAAUCUGAGAAUUCUGUGGAUGGAUCUUCUGGGGCUCUUAAAAAAUCUCAUCUUCACCUUGGAGAUAUUACCAACCUUACGUUAUCAUCUACAAAAGCUAGAAUUUCUCACCCUCCCAUCAGUACAGAUGCAAAAGAUACUUCUCAUUGCAGACGUAGAUGUACUAUCAGUGUGAGCUAUAAAGAACCAAGCAUCAGUGGGAAGCUCAGAAGAGGAGACCCUUUCACAGAUACUGUUUUUCUGCAUUCUCCAAUUUUUAAAGACAAGAAGAGCAGCAAAUGCAAGACAGCUAAAAAGAAGCAUCUGUCAAGAUACAAUGAGGCAUUCGUUGGUUGCCUCUGAAAGUAUUUUGUGGAUCAUAACAUUUAACUUUACUUGUUGGAUUCUGUGUCCUUCUGCUGUAAAGGUAAAAUGGUUUAGCUUAAUACCUAUACCAGAAUUAAAGUUCAAUUUCUGGAAAAUCUUAA